GAGAGACGUUUUCCUAGCGGCCGCCGGUGCCCCAGCAGAGAAAGAGACUGCGCUUGCGCGUGUCUGUUUGCCCGGACCCAUCAUGGCGGCCGCCACCUUCACCUCUGACGUGUCCCUCUCCUGACUGCCGGGAGGAGCUUGCUGGCGAGGCCGUUCUCCUGCCCACACUCGGCAUGGCGGCCAAGGGGCCCCGGCAGCGGCCUCGAGGGGGAGGUGGGGAUGCGGCGGCUGCCGCUUCCCGCCAGCGAGAAGAAGCGCCCCCGCCGGCCACUGAGGAGACCAAAGCAGAGUCGUCUGGGAGCAAAGCAGGACAUGUCUGGGCCCCUGAAGGAUCUACAGCUUUCAAGUGUCUAAUCUCAGCCAGGUUCUGUGCUGCACUGCUGAGUAACAUCUCCGACUGCGAUGAGACAUUUAACUACUGGGAGCCUAUGCACUACCUCGUUUAUGGUAAAGGCUUCCAGACAUGGGAAUACUCUCCUGUCUAUGCCAUCCGCUCCUACGCGUACCUGUGGCUCCAUGCCUUACCAGCCUUGUUCCAUGCCAGAGUUCUGCAAACAAACAAGGUUCUCAUCUUCUACUUCUUGCGCUGUCUUCUGGCCUUCCUGAGUUGUGUUUGCGAGCUUUACUUUUAUAAGGCCGUGUGUAAGAAAUUUGGGUUGCAUGUGAGUCGUCUCAUGCUGGCUUUCUUGGUACUCAGCACUGGGAUGUUCUGCUCAGCGGCUGCCUUCCUCCCCAGCAGCUUCUGCAUGUACAGCACAGUAAUAGCAAUGACAGGGUGGUACAUGGAUAAAAUCUCUCUGGCGGUCCUGGGCGUGGCUGCAGGAGCCAUUGUGGGCUGGCCUUUCAGUGCAGCACUUGGGCUUCCUAUUGCCCUGGACUUCCUCAUCCUGAAAAGAAGGUGGAGAAGCUUCCUGAGGUGGUUUCUGGUCGCACUAGUAGUAUUUCUGGUGCCCCUGGUGGCUGUUGACAGUUAUCAUUAUGGGAAGCUUGUGAUUACUCCUCUCAACAUUGUCUUGUACAACGUCUUCACGCCACACGGACCAGAUCUUUAUGGUACAGAGCCCUGGUCUUUUUACUUCAUAAAUGGCUUUCUGAACUUCAACGUGGCCUUUGUGCUGGCACUCCUGGCCUUACCCCUGACCUCCCUCAUGGAAAGCCUGCUGCAGAAAUUUCACGUUCAGAAUCUGGGACGGCCUUACUGGCUGACGCUUUCUCCCAUGUACAUCUGGAUCCUGAUUUUCUUCAGCCAGCCUCACAAAGAAGAGAGGUUUCUGUAUCCCAUCUAUCCCCUCAUUUGCCUAUGUGGUGCUGUAGGACUCUCUGCCCUUCAGAAAUGUUACCACUUCAUAUUUCAACGUUACCGCCUGGAGCACUACACGGUCUCUUCAAACUGGCUGGCCCUGGGGACCAUCUUUGUCUUUGGGCUCCUGUCCUUGUCGCGCUCCGUAGCUUUGUUCAGAGGUUAUCAUGGGCCCCUUGACCUGUACCCAGAAUUUCACAGAAUCGCCACUGAUCCCACAAUCCACACUGUGCCAGAGGGGAGGCCGGUUCACGUUUGUGUGGGGAAGGAAUGGCACCGUUUUCCCAGCAGCUUCCUCCUGCCAGAUAAUUGGCAGCUUCAGUUCAUUCCGUCAGAGUUCAGGGGCCAGUUGCCAAAACCAUUUGCCAAGGGACCAAUGGCCACUCGCAUCAUUCCAACAGACAUGAACGACCAAAACCAGGAAGAGCCAUCCAGAUACUUUGACAUUUACAAAUGCCAUUACCUGGUGGAUUUAGACACUGCAACCGAAGCACCCAGGGAGCCACGGUAUGCAGCCAACAGAGAAGAAUGGAUCAGUAUUGCUUACAAGCCUUUCCUGGAUAGUUCAAGAUACUCCUGGAAAGUAUGAGCAAGGCGUCAUCUUGCUGUGGAGUCAACAGGAGCAAAAAUCUUGGUUUGUGCGAAAGUUUAUCAAGUUUCUGGCUGAAAGGUAGCCUGGGGCUGCUGUGGGUCUUUCAGUAUUUUCCCUCCACCACAGAACAUCUCGCCAACCCUGGAGAGAAGUUUUUUUUUGGGGGGGUGUAUGUGUGUGUUUUAUAAGAGGCCUUUUGGAGAGAGAAAACAGCCUCACCAGCAGGAAUGCACAACACUCCCUGGUGGGUCUUCAGGGGAAAAGGCCCUCCUUGACUCAGAUGGAGCAGAAAUAACUUGCACUUUUGAGAACUGUGACUCUGUUAAUUACAUAAUUUAGUGAAGCAUUGACUUGUGCGUGAGUGGGUUUUUAUUUUUAAAAAACCUCCAUUGUCUGUCUUGUCAGCUGCUGCCAAAACACAGGGGUUUGUGUAGGGUGUUUUUUUUUUUUAAGUUUCCUUUUCUCCCCUCUACGUUCUAGCUUCUUUGUGAAAUGUCUGGCUUUGUAAUGUUUCCAAAUUUACCAAAGUGCAGAAGGGAGCUCUCCUCCUCACUGCACACCUUUAGCUGUGGAAUACAGUGGCUUCUCAUUCAGUCUGCACUAUAUGUACUGUGAAACUGUUUCAUUAGUGAUUAAAAAUUAUGCUUGUACCUCUCCAAAUGCAGUUUUAGGUAUGGAAGGAAAGUGUGUGUGUUGGUCUCUUUCUGUCUUUCGUGCACUCAAAGCUCCAGUCUAACUGCAUCAUCCACAGUCUCAAAAGUAGAUGAGAAAAGUGCUGACAUGUGAGAGCAGCAGGUGAUUUAUUUCGUGAUGGGAAGGCCAAGGUCUCCCUUCUGAGGCUAGAGCUGACAUUUUAAGCACCCAAUGAGACUAUCCUGCACCAUGUACAGCUAAUGUAUCUAGCCGGGGGCCCUGAAGAAGUGGGAGGCAGCAGUUGAUUUUUCACCCUAAACUUGUGCAUGUUAAAAAAUUACAAAACAAGUUAUUCUGAAGAAACAUUUGAGGAAGCCAGUCCCAAAAGCAAAUGAGUUGAUUUUGGUCACUUAACCUUGUUCACCUGAAUUGUAAGGAAGGGAACGCAGCCACUAAGUCUUUACACAAAAGAUAACAUAACUCAAUAUUUCACGUGGGAGCAGGGCUGCAGGCUGAAGAUUCAUUGCCAUCAGGGUGGCCAGAGGUGGGACUGAACGAACAUCUCCAUCCCAAGACCAGGACAACAAACAGAGGUUGUGAAUCUGGAAAACCAGCGCAUCAUCCUCACAGGAAGGGCAGGAGAUGUGGCUGGGCAAAGCUGUGAAGAGGAGAAGAGAAAGGGUUGUGUCAGAAACAGACUUAAGGAGAGCUGCCAGCCUCUCCCGCCACAGCUGUUGGUCCCUAUUUGGAAACAGCAGAGGCUGCCUGGGAUCUACAGUGUGGUCUGAUUCAGAUGGUGAUUUUUUUUCUUUAACAUACUUUAAAUACUGUACUUGCUGGUUGCCCUUUUGGUUCCUCUAAACAGCACUGGCUUCUCUCCUGCCCACACCCCAAAGCUGUGCUCUCCUGUGCCUUAAAACAGCUGUGCAAAAGGCAAAAAAAAAAUUCAACCCUCCUUAACAGCUAGGAAUAUCUUGCUACACAAAGCAGGCUGCAUAAAGGCAUAUCGUCCUUACCACAAGAGCUUUUGCACAUUGGUGCAACCGUGCAUGUGUGGCCUCUAUCCCCAUUUGCUCAGUGGGGCAAAGAAGAGGCUCACGUGUGCCUUGCUAUGUACAGAAAGGCAGAGAGCAGCUGGGAGUUUUGUUAGUCACGAUGUCUCGAGCUGAUGUUCUGGAGACUGGAGCGACCCUUCCAGCUGGUUUAUGCAAUGCAGCAUGAAUCAUGCCAUCAACAAGCUCGGGGCCUAUUAUUAGAUUAGGAAACUGCUGCCUCAAUGCAAGAUCUGCUCAUAAAGAUCAGUUAUUUUUUGCCUCAGUUCUCAACUAGGGGAUGCUGGCCAGAGAAAAUAAGAGGAUCUUUGCUGCUUAGGAAUUCCUCUUCUCCUGCAGCUCAACUAACGUUUGACAUUCAAUCCAAAACUUGGUUGUUGCCUGAGUUUUAAUAUUUGUCACUAUCAGGAACUUGCAGUAAAAACCUGACUUUGCAUGCUUCAAUUGAAGCUUGGGUGUACACACACACACACACCCAAGACUUCUGAGCGAUCACAGUAAUGACCAAAUAAUCCUUUUGCAGCUAAGACCUGGAACCAGUAUUUCCUUCCUGCUAGUGGCCCAGGUCCACUGAUAUGAAGCUGACAUUGACCCAUUUAGUUUAGCAUUGUCUACACCAGGGGUUGGCAAGGUUUACCUUGCUUGGGCUGGUUCACUCCACCGGAGACCCCUCUGGGCCGGAUCGCGUGCGCGCCUGUGAUUUCCGGCGUCUGCGCAGACGUGGUUUCCAGCGCCACGGAAACAAGUCCCCAUGCUGCUCUGGUUUAGCGCUACGCAUGAGGACUCGCCAAGCAGGCGGCUUGGUUCGUGGGCGGCUCAAGGGCCAGUUAAACGACCCCCCGUAGGCUGCUUGUUUCCCAUGGGCCUUCGGUUGCCGACCCCUGGUCUACACUGACUAGCAGCAGCUCUCGAGGGUUUCAGGCAGGGUUACCUCUAGUGGAGGCUGCUCUGUUAGGGCUAAGAGGGCACAGCCCUACCUAUCAGCUAGUCUGCACCUGCCUAGCUUUUUACUUACAAGCAAUCAAGAGAUGUCCUCUACCUGCCAUCGGCUCUGGCUGCGCUGCCUGUUAGCUUUGUUUCUACCCUAAUGGUCUCAAUGGGCACCAACCACAACUGGUUCUCUCCUGACCCUACCUAGAGUUGGGAGGGACUGAACCAGGGCCUUCUGCAUUCAAAACAGAUGCUCUACCAAUGAUCUAUGACCACAUUUUCUACACCUUUUUUUUCACUGAGAGAAACCUGGUCACUGUAGGGCUGCCCGAAGGAGAUCUUACUAAGAGAAUCAGAAGUGUGUUUUACAAUAGGGUGUAUUCAGCCUAAUGGGUGAAAUAUUAUGUGUUCCCUUGGGGCUGCCUAAUAUUAUCAAGCAUAACAACAGAGCAGCUGCAUCUGGAUUACUUAUCGAAGUGACAGACCCUGGAACACAAGCAGGGUGGGGUUUCUGGACCAGCACCAAAUUCUGAGGAGGUUCCAGGUUGUCUCUACAGCAUUUCACACACCGGUUACAAUCUAUUGUGCCUGCUAAGCUUGUGAGUCAGCAUGGCAGGCAUCAGCUUGUGGUGCAGGCAUUAUACCGCUCCAGCAGAGCUGUUGCCUCCCCCAAAAUACCUACCUCCUGCUGCUCUAUGGUUGCAGGAUAAUGUUCUCUCUCCUUGUGAUGCAGCUUUUCAAUCUCUCAAAAAAGUACCAAGAUAACCCUCUUUGCUGGGUUGCAUAUACCCCCUGAGGCCAAGGGUGUGUGUCCAGGUUUUAAUGUCACUUGUGGGGAAACACUCCCAACUGCAUAGAAAACGUAAUUCAUCAAGAGAAAGCAUUGGGUCCAAAGAUUCGCCCUGUGGAUUUCUUAAACUCAACAAAGAAAAGGCGAAGGCAGCAAAAUAACACGCGAGAAAAGCUCACAGCUUCUGAAAAAUGUGUUAUCUUAUGGAUAAUCCUUUCCCCUUGACCCCAUUGCCUGACACUUUCCAAGAGCCACUAUUUCUGUUGAUUUGCAGAGGUGAAAUCCCAUCCCUCCCCUCAUUGGGCUCAUUAGGGGACAGAAGUAAUCUGGAGUUGGGGAACUAGAAGGGCCAGCCCUAAUAUUGGGUAGAGGGAGGAAGCUGCCUCAGGCAACAAAUGCGGAGGGUGGGUGGGAAGGAAGUGGUGGUACUGGAGGACAGAGCUAUGUGGACCAUGAGGUAUGACAGGUGCUCUUCAUCCUGCCUUCAGGUACAGCAGAGGAUGUCAACAUUGAAAAGCCACCUGCCAGUCUGUGCAUGGAAGGGGUUGUGAGCAGUGGAGGCUGCUGCAUUAGGGGAAAGGGGGCACUGCCCUCCAACCUGCCUGCCUUCGACCUACAAGAGCUCAGGGUGGCUCCACUUUCAUUGGCUCUGGCGGCACCUACUGUUUGUCUCCCUGCCUUCCACCCUACAGGCGUGAAAUGCACAAU